AUGGGUUAAGCUUUAACAAAAAAAAACUAAAAUGAAAACUCUUAUGAAAUUUACUCAAAGUCUAAGAUUGCAAGUAUGUUAUUGAUUUCUAUUCUAGAUUUUGAUAAAGUAUCAAGUCCUACAUAAAAUUAGAAACUAGACUAUAAUUCUGAAUUAGUUAGAGGUACUAAUUUUUCUAUGAAAGCAUUUACACUUUUGAAAAACUAACAAUAUGAAAAUGCCAUUCAAUUAAUUGACAAUCUUCUAAAAAGAUCUCCGAAUUUAGCUGAUGCUUAAUACUUGAAAGGUUUUAACCGUUUUCAUACAUUUUAGGUUUAGCAUACCUUGGUUCUAAUAAAUUAGAAUAAGCUUUAUAUUUUUGUCAAAAGGCAACUUAAUUAGAUAAGAAACAUUCAAAGGCUAUGGCUGAAAUAGGUUAUAAUUUUUUAUAUUUUAGGAAAUAUAUAUAUACUGAAUAAAAAGUACCAUGAGGCACUUGAUGUUUUUAGCAAAUUAAUCGAAAUGAAUGAAAAAUCAUUUGAAGGAUAUUUCGGAAUGGCUUUUGUAUCAACAAUUAUAAAUGAUUAUGAAAAAGCAGAAACAUGUUAUGAGAAAGCCUUAUAAUUAAAAGAAAAAGAUAAAGGAGCAUUAUUAAAUUAUGGUAUUUUAUUUUUAGAAAUUAGGUCAUCUAUAAGUAAAAUAAAAGAAAUAUUAAUCUGCUUUAGAGCUAUAUUUUUAAGCAUUAAAAGUAGAGCCAAAAUAUUUAGAAGCUAUUCAAUCAAUUUGUAAUUUAUUUAUAAUUGAAAAAAACUAUGAAAAAUUACACUUAUUUUGCGAUUAACAUUUAGAAAAUUCGAUUCCACAAAUUAGAAUGGGAUUAUUAAAUUGCAAAAGUAUGUUUUUAUACAAUUUUUAGGUCAAGCUUAUUUUUCCUAAAAACUUUAUGAUAAAUCAAUUAAUCUUUGUAAGGAAGUAUUGACUCUUGAUUAAAAAAAUAAUGAAGCUUUAUUUGGAAUAGCAAUGAGUUUGUUCAAUUUAAAUUAAUUAAAUCAAUCUUUAGAUUACUUUUAGAAAAUCAUUGAUAUAAAUCCAUAAGAAAUAAGGGCUUUAAAAAUGAUUGUAAAAAUUCAUAGCACUUUAUAAUAAUAUGCAUAAUUAAAGUAAUUUUGUGAUCAAUUAAUCGCAAUUGAUUACACUGAUUAUUCAACCUAUUUUUUCAGAGGAAUUGCUUUUAUGCAAUAAUAAAACUACUUAUAAGCUAUAAAUGACUUUAAUUAAGUUAUUAUGCAUGAUUAAAGUAAUUUUAUGGCAAUCAAACAUAAAGGUACAUAUUUAUAAAAUUUUAGGAUUUUGUUUAAGUAUGUUAAACAUGUUCAAUCAAGCAAUCUAAUGUUAUGAUUAGAUAAUUAAUUAUAUAUUAGAUUUAAAAGAAAAAUCCAUUUUAUUAUUGGAAAAAGGUAUUUAUUUAUUAAUUAUCUAUAAGGGGUUUGCCAUUUAAAAUUAGAAUAAAGUGUUUCUGCAAAAUCUAAUUUUGAUGAAGCUAUGGAAUUAGAUCCAAAUAAUUAAUAAUUAAAAUUAAAAAUAGCUAACAUAGCUAGAGAUAAUAAAAACUACGAUUUCUCAAUUAGAUUAUAUGAUGAAUUGAUAAAUUAAAAUGGAAAGAUACCCCUAUAUCAUUUAGAAAAAGCAUAGUUGUAUGAAAAACGCUAAGAUUAUCUUAACGCGAAAAUACUCUAUGAUGAGAUUAUUGAAUAAAAUGAUUAAAAUUUUGAAUAUUUUCUAAAAAGAUGUAAUAAUAAUUUAAAUUAUUAGCUAAAAUAAAAAUUUAAUUAUAAGAAUUCGAAGAAGCUUUGCAAGAUUUAUUUUAAGGGCUUAAAUUGGAUAAUAAAUAAUCAGAGUUAUAUUUUGAACUUGGAUAAAUAUAUUUUAUUUAAUAAUCUUUUUCUGAAGCAGCUAAUAUGUUUCAAAAGGCUUGCACUUUAAAUAAUAAAAUAGAAAAAUAUCAUAUAAAAUAUGCAAUAGCAUUAUAAAUGUAAUAGGCUAAUGAUAAAGCAAUUUAACAUUUAGUGUUUGUACUCUAAAAACAUCCAGAUUUCGAUGACUGUAGAGAUGUUUUAGAAAGUAUAAAUUCUUAAUCUACUCGAAAUAAGGAAUAUAUAAAAGUUUUUUCUUUUAUACUUAUAUCAGUAAUAUAAGAAGGAGUUGUUAAUGGUAAUCAAAAUAAACAAGAAAUUUAAGAUUCCAUUAAAAUAAUGUUAGAGAAACAUUUAAAGACAAGAAUACCAAAAAUUAAUAAAAUUUUUGAUAUAGUUUGUUCUUUAUUAAGGAAUUUAUAUAAUAUUAAGAUAGUUGAUAGUUAAAAAGAUUUGUAGAAAGUUUCUUACAAAUUGUAUAAAUAUAAUCUAAAUAAUAUUGAAAAACUAGUAAAAUAUUUGAUAGAAAUUUCAAAGAAAAUAGCUUUUAUAUAGGUUGGUAAUUUUAUGUAAGAAGAGGUGAAAUAAGUUGAAUAAAUUUAAAGAGAAAUUGAUAAUUUAGGAUUAUAAAAUGAACUAAAUGAAUUUAAAAAUUAAAUUGGAAGUGCAGCGAUUCUAGAUUGUUUAGAUUUGCUGAGAACUUUAAUGAUAAAUUCGAAUAGAAGUUAAUUAGAUUUAAAAAAUAAAAUUGAAGAAAUAUUGAUAAAUGAUUUUUAAUUAAAUGAUGGAAGAUAGUGA